CGUCACAGCGGACAGCAAAUGACGCUCGGAAGAAGCCAUCGCAGCUGUAAUCUUCCUUUUCCGGCGAAUUAUUUUAUUUCAUAACUUGUGAUAAAUAUGACGGAGAUUUUUUCAACGCUGUACGGUCAAAACGAAACUCAGGGACCAGCCGGUUCGUCUUCUUUGGCUUUCGGAGCGGGGAAGCCGCCGCCGCCUCUUCCGCCAAACCAGGUCUCAGUGACGGCGCAGAUGCCACCGCAGCUCGGGGAUGAGGGGCCUGCUCUGCGGAAGCCAGGAGCCAUGAAUGAGCCCUUCUAUUUACUGCGAGAGCUGCCCGUUGGGAACGAGCUGACUGGAAACACGAACCUCAUCACACACUACAACCUGGAACACGCCUACAACAAAUUCUGUGGGAAGAAGGUGAAGGAAAAGCUCAGCAACUUUCUACCAGAAUUACCAGGGAUGAUCGACUGUCCCGGGACUCAGGACGGUAGCUCACUUCGCUCGCUCAUCGAUAAACCCCCGGUAUCUGGAAACUCCUUUAGUCCACUGACCGGCGCCAUGCUAACAGGCUUCAGACUACACACUGGGCCGCUGCCAGAACAGUACAGACUCAUGCACAUACAACCUCCAAAGAAGAAAAGCAAACACAAGCACAAACACCAUCGGCCCCAGGACCCUCUACCACAAGCAGAAACUCCAUCAGACACUGACCCUAAGAAGAAGAAGAAGAAGAGGGAUGAUGAUCCUGACCGGAAGAAAAAGAAGAAAGACAAGAAAAAGAAGAAGAACCGCCACAGUCCAGACCACCCCGGCCUCGCCGGCUCACAGCCCAACAGCAACAGCCUCAGAUAGAUAGGGCCCACUGUGUGAGUGCAUGUGUGUGACUGCAUUUUGUAAGAGAAGAUGUGUGUGUGUGUUUUAUGAAGACUUGUAUUAUUGAGAGAACGGCAGUGUGACCGAGCAGCGGAUGAAAUGUUGGUGAGCUGUUGUGCGCAGCGAAAGGAUGUUUGGUUAUGUUGUAACAUCUUUUGACCUUGAUGCCACCUUCAAAUAAACUUUGGUAUUAU